AUGGAUGAUGUGAAGAAGUCGUGGAAGGGGUGGAAGGCUAAACUGAGCAAGGCGGUUGGUGGCGAGCCUCAGUGGAAGGGUUCUGGCAGGGUGCUCGGAGGUGGCUCCGACUUUCCCCCUGCCGAAGCCUCCUUCACCCCCGAGCUGGUGGACGCGGUGGGGCUGCUGGCCGGCGUGGACCCCCCCAUGGCCAGCGCCACCUCCAGCCUGCUCCUGAAGCUGCUGGGCAAUGUGCUGUCCCAGCCUGGGGAGGCCAGGUUCCGGCGCCUGCGCCUGAACAACCCUGUCCUGCGCGGAUCCAUCCUGGAGACCGAAGGCGGGCUGGAUUUGCUGCUGGCCGCAGGGUUCCAGCUGCAGCCCGGCGACGAGGCUGAUGGAGGGUUUGCGGUGCUGGAGCCAGGGGCCGACCUGGCGCCGCUGCGGGCCGCCUGCCAGAUGCUGCGGCACCUCAACGCCACAGAGCAGCCCGCAGGAGACUCCCGCGCAGAGCCUGGGGUCCUCAUGACGGCGGCGAUGCGGGAGAGGGCCGCCGCGAGGGCUCGCGCCGCGGCCGGCACCCGGGACCAUGCGGUGGUGCGGGUGCGUCUCCCAGAGGGCAUCAGCCUGCAGGGAGAGUUUGACGGCCGGGAGCCAGUUGCGGCCGUGCUGCAGUGGGUCACGGACUCGCUGUCGGACCCGAUGAACACGUGGACGGGGGAGUCCGCCCGGGCCAUGCGCAGCACGCCCACGCUGCGCCCCGACCUCUGCGCCGCGGCGCUGUCAGCGGCCGAUUGA